CAGAAAUACGCUUAUAGCCGAAAAUGAAUUUAUAUCUCAACAUUUCUGUUAAACAGUAUUUAUCUUGAUAGUGCAUAAUUGUUAGAAAAAACAUAAACUUACUGAGGAGUAGGACAGCUUUAUUCAUUGUCUUAUUUUAUCAUUCGUUUGUUUUAUUUUAGUUUGGUCAUUUACAUAUUGUUUUGUAUUAUUCUGACAAUACUUCAAUUCCAUUAGAUUUUAUUUCUCGUAAUCACUAUAGUCUUGAUGUAUUUCUUAGUAGUGAUCCCACUCAAUUACGUCCAAUAUUACGUCUCGAACAAUCGCUUGAUUCUAAUUGGCAACAUUUACGCAUACGAUCAUUAGACAUUGGACAUACUUAUUUAUUAGGUAAAAUUAAAUUUGGUAAUGAACAAUGUACAGAUACAAAUGCUCUUGUACAACGAGAUUUAUCAUGUGAAAUUAUUGUCUCAUCAAUGAAUAGUAAAUAUAGACAAAAAGAUGAUCCAUCAUUCAUUGGUUUAAAACAAAGAACACAAAUACAAGCUAAAACACAAUAUCAACAUAAUGAUUAUGUUUUAAUGAAAGAGAAAAAUAAUAAAAAUCAACAACAUACACAACGAUUGGUGUUUGGUAUGGCACCUAUACAAUUUUCGUUAUAUAUUUUAUUUGGAACAAUUGUAUUAUUAUUAGCUGGUUUUACAUUUCAUUGUUUUAUCUAUGUUAGACAUAAACAAAGACGACAUAGAAAUAUUAAUGGAGUACAAUCUCGCGCUCAUAGUGGCGCUGAAGAUGUUAAUAAUGAUUGGAUAUUUUUAGAUAAAAAUUCAUUAGAAUUACCGGAAAAACAUCAUCAAUUAACGUCAAAUUCUCGUUUAUCAACAUCACGUGAAAUGAAUCUAAUCAAUAAUCCACUUGAAAAUGAAAUACCAAUCUAUCCAUCAUUAAAAACGGCUACAAAUUCAAAUUCACAAACAUCAUCCAUUAAAAAUAAUAAUAAUAAUAAUAAUGAAGAAGAUGAUAAUGAUGAUGAUGAUGAUGACUGUCAUGAAUUCUAUAGACGACGGAAGAAUAUAAAUAAAAUCAAAAAUUGUUAUGAUCGACCCUCAUCACUUCUAUCAUCAUUGUUAACCCAUACCAUGACAUAUGAAGAAAUGAUUAAUUAUUUUGAUAAUUUGAAAGAAUCUCAUGCAUAA